CCCCCAGUUUGUCAGUGAGAAAGAGGAAGGAAACAAGAUCAGCAGAAAGACAGCAACAGCUUCUACAACAGACCAUAGAAAUAGCAAAAACCAUCCGAGAACAACAGAAACCUGUAAUGUUGAGCAGCUCUGUGUCUUUCAUUGUAUUAUGUGAAUUUACACAAAGUGAAGAUCAUGAACUCCAGACUCUCUCCGUUGAUCCUGCUGCUUCUCAUUCCAGACCCUGCAACAAUGGACCAGCUCUCUGUGACCUGCAGUCGUAAGAGUAUUUGUGCUGUGAAGGGGUCAAAAGUGACACUGUGGUGCUCUUACCCCAGCUUCAAAAUCAAAACUGUGUUCUGGUUCAGUGAGAAACAAAGUAUAAACUGGAGAAAAAAUAACGAACCUGAAGAUUUGACUUUAGACUCAGACUACUCAGGACGAGUGAUACAUCAGAUCUCAAGCAGCUCUUCAACACUCACAAUAUCAGACGUGAGAGAGAGAGACUCUGGAGAAUAUCAGCUCAUGUUCAUCAUGAAUGAUGGAGUUAAACAUCUCAGCUCAGCAGACGUCAAUCUAACAGUCACAGUCCUGCAGGUGAAGAUGAAUCCUGAAUCUACAGACAUGACAGAUGAGAGUGUAGAGCUUAACUGUGACUCUUCCUGCACCUCUGGAGGUUCUUACUACUGGAUGAAGAAUGAACAGUUUUACAGCUAUACAGAGUCCCGCAACAUGAUUGUGUCACUCAGCCAAAAUGCUGGCAAAUUUUCCUGUUUUCUUCAUCCAGACCUUAAACAUCGCUCCUCUUAUCUGUGUGUUUCUCAGAACGGCUGCUGGGGUGUGACUUACACCUCUAGAAGAGUCUGUGCUUUGGUGGGCUCAACAGUAGACAUUUCCUGCACAUACGCACAUCCCUCUGGUUAUACUGUAAAUACAACAUUCUGGCAUUACGGUCAGCCUGGAGACUUCGAGGAUCUGCGUGAGGAGCAUCAGUUUGCUGGUCGUGUGGAGUAUGUGGGGAACAAACUGAGAAUCAAAGAGCUCAAGAGCAACGACUCUGGAGAAUAUCGAUUCAGGUUCAUCACUAACUUAGACCAAUACUCUGGAUCACCUGGAGUCAUUCUUACUGUUACAGAUACACAGGUGACAAGCAGCCCGGCCACUGUCUCAGGAGGAGAAGAAGUGAUAUUAAGCUGUUUAACCAAAUGCACUCUGAACAACAAAUAUACUUACAUCUGGUACAAGAACGGACGACAGGUAACAGAUGGAUUCACUAAAGACAACAAGCUGUACCUGGACUCAGUCAGCAAUGAAGAGCUUCAACAGUAUUCCUGUGCUGCAGAAGAUUCAGUGAACAUCACAGCGUUUAGUCAUUAUACAGUCACUCUGCUGGUGUUUUUACCUCAGUUUCUCAUAAUAGCAGCUCUGUGGAUGUGCUAUUUCAUCAUAAACUCCUUUCAUAACCAAACUGAAAACAAAAAUGAAGAGAUUCUGAUGUCCCAGAUGUCUUCAUCAGAGCUGCUGGAGUGAUGUCAAUGUGUUCUUUCACUGUGACAUCAUCACCUAGCAACAGUCAGCAGCAACAUUACAAUGAUGUCAUAGACAGAUCAGUGACUAGUCUUCAUAAAUGAACAAAACUAAAACAAAGCUAAAUGAUUGUCCAGGUUUUAUAUUUCAGAAGAUAAACUGUAACAAAAAGUAAUGAUGACUGUUAUUGUGGAAAAAUAAUUCUAGGUAAGACUUUAAAAUACUGUUCCAUCAUAAAUGAAUAACUACACAGGAACACAUGAAUAAUUAGCAUUUUAGUUACUACUAUUAACCUUAUAAGAAACUAUGGUUAAUGUUUUAGUAAGUAAUAGUGCUUAUUCGACUGUAGUUCACUAAUAGCUAAUCGUUAACUACUAUUUCAUUUUUUCAUAUGCCUCCCAGAGAACUACCCAGAACUAUUGCAUAUAGGUUCAUAAUUAGUAUGAAUAAUGCAUUAUUCAUUUCUAAAGUGAAGGUCAUGGUAACCCACUAGUAAUGCCUCAAGUAUUACCAGAUAAAGGAAUUAUUUGGAUCAGUAACAAGGACACCUUAAAAUAAAGAGUAACCGUUUUUUUAAAGCAUUGAAAUGAGAAGCACCGUUUUCAUUGUCUAAAGAUCAUGUAAGGAUCCAACUUAAAUGAAGGGGUGAAGCCUGUUCAGAUUCUGAUAUUUACAGGGGUUGGACAAUGAAACUGACACACCUGGUUUUAGACCACAAUAAUUUAUUAGUAUGGCGUAGAGCCUCCUUUUGUGGCCAAUACAUAAUCAAUUUGUUUUCGGAAUGAUAGAUACAAGUCCUGCACAGUGGCCAGAGGGAUUUUUAGCCAUUCCUCUUGCAGAACAGUGGCCAGGUCACUAUGUGAUGGUGAAGGAAAACGUUUUUUUGACUCGCUCCUCCAAAACUCCCAAAACUGGCUCAAUAAUAUUCAAAACUGGUGACUAUGCAGGCCAUGGGAGAUGUUCAACUUCACUUUCAUGUUCAUCAAACCAUUCUGUCACCAGUCUUGCUGUGUGUAUUUGUGCUUUAUCAUACUGAUACAAGGCACUACUUUCAGGGUACAAUGCUUGAACCAUUGGGUGCACAUGGUCCUCCAGAAUGGUUCAGUAUUCCUUGGCAGUGACGCGCCCAUCUAGCACAAGUUUUGGGCCUAGGAAAUGCAAUGAUAUUGCAGCCCAAACCAUCACUGAUCCACCCCUAUGCUUCACUCUGGGCAUGCAGCAGUCGGGGUGGUAAGCUUCUUUGGGGCUUCUCCACACUAUAACUCUUCCAGAUGUGGGAAAGAGAGUGACAGAGGACUCAUCAGCGAACAAUACAUGUUUCACAUUGUCCACAACCCAAGAUUUCCACUGGUGGCACCAUUAAAACUGACGUUUGGCACUGGCACGAGUGACCAAAGGUUUGGCUAUAGCAGCCUGACCAUGUAUAUUGACCCUGCGGAGCUCCCGACGAAUAGUUUUGGUGGAAACAGGAGAACUGAGGUGCACAUUUAAUUCUGCAGUGAGUUGACCAGCUGUGGUUUCAUGUUUUUUGGAUACAAUCCAGGUUAGCACCUGGACAUCCCUUGCAGACAGCUUCCUCUUGCGUCGACAGUUACUCCUGUUGGAUGUGCUUCAUCCUUCAUGGUGGUAUGCUGACAUCACCCUGAAUACUGUGGCUCUCGAUACACCACAAAGACUUGCUGUCCUGGUUACAGAUAUGCCAGCAAGAUGCACACCAAUAAUUUGUCCACUUUUGAACUCUGAUAUGUCUCUCAUUAUGUUGUGUGCAUUGCAAUAUUUUAUGUGCAGUUGUGCUAUUGCUCUGCUAAUUCAACCUUCACACUCUGCUCUUACUGGUGGAACAUGCAAUCAUUGAAUACUCGCCACCAGGAUGUGCAAAUAUAGCCGUGAAACCUCAAACACUAUUUUGGCCAGUGCUUCAGUUUCAUUGUCCAUCCCCUUGUAUAUUAUUGGUUCUUUAUUUUGGCAUUAUUGCACACUCUUAUAUUUUAUAUUUUAGUGGAUUUAAUGACCAGUGCCUGUUGGUAGUCAAAUGGAUGUUGAUUGGCUAUCAGUGUUUUUAUUG